GACUCGACAGAUCUGCGUCUGGGAAAUACAAGCGAUGCAACGUACAGCAACUCAGUUUCAGGGCCAUCAAGUCGCCCAGCUGUCCCCGAGUCCCGUUUCAAGCUUUUCAGGAUGGGCGGCAAGGGGCAGAUGAACGAGAGCGAGCUCGAACUGGGAGACAAGCUGCAGGGGGACGUCCAGACCGAGAUUGGCGCAACUCCGUCCUCGUGGAGGGACGUCGUGGCCGACCAGGACCGACACAGUUCGAUGGAGUCGGGGAUUCAUGUGCACACAACGACGACGGUGGAUUCGGAAUCGGGUUAUGUCCCACGGGGACGGAGAUCUUCUCAAAUGUGA